CUGCGGGCGAUGAGGAGUGCCGGGCAGGGGCACAAACUGCUUUCCUUUCCUCUGCAAGAAAACAAGCCGUGAGGACACCUAAGGAUGUGCUGCCCAGAUGUGUUUCCCACCUCCACCUUUCUCCUAGCACUCAUGUGCUUGACAGCUUUCAGCAACUUUGCCAGGACUUCUGCAGACUUCUCAGGUUACAUAUCACAGGUACUAAAGAAUUACACUGACCAUGCCUGUGAUGGAGAAUAUGUGUCCCUGAGAUGUCCCCACAGAACCACCAUCAGCAUCCAGUCUUCUUUUUAUGGCCGGAUUGUACCAAGUCAUCAGCUGUGUCCUUCUCGCUAUCCCCACUCCUAUGCAACUCUAAUUAAAGAAGAUGUUGCCUGUUCAGUUGGCACUUCUCUUCAGAAGAUGCUGGAUGAGUGCCAGGACAGGCGGAGCUGCCAGUUCCUCGUCAACAGCCGGCUCUUCGGGAUGGAUCCGUGCCCCGGGACCGGCAAGUACCUCCUCGUGUGGUACAAGUGCAGGCCAAAUGAAUACAAGAGUAAAGUAGCCUGUGAAGAUGACAAGCUGAGGCUGAGCUGUAAGAAGAGCAUGGUGAUAGCCAUUUACUCUGCUAUCUUUGGGAGGACACAAGGAGGCAGCCUGGAGUGCCCAUACCAAAACCUAGGGAUGCCCAUGAUUGAGUGUCAGUCAGCUACUGCUCUCCAGCUCAUGAUCAAGCGCUGUCAUGGGAAAAGGAGCUGCAGCAUAUAUGCCAGCACCUAUGAAUUUGGAGAUCCUUGUUACCCAGGCAUCCAAAAGCAUCUUAAUGUCAUCUACACCUGUGUUCCCAAGAAGCUUCUGCAUGAAACUCAGGCGAGUCCAACCAACCAACAAGGGCAUCAGAAGCCACAUUUUCCACUGCAGCCAAGAGUGUUUGACCCCAAUGUUGUAGGGGACGGCGUGUUCCUUUCGGAUGUGUCUCCCUCCAACAUAGAGCGAGCUCUCCCAGCAGAGAAGAAGAAAGGGAGGUCAGCCACUUUCUACCCUGUGGACAACACCCCUGUCCUGCUCCCUGUGGAUGAGACACAACCACCAGCACUCAGCAGCAGCAUGGAGCCCGUGGGUGUUGGCACGGAGAUGGCCCUGCUCAGCAACAUCCUGGCAGCCUAUGCCUUCAUCACAGAAAACCCCGAGCGGGCCGCGCUGUAUUUCGUGUCCGGGGUGUGCAUCGGGCUGGUGCUGACGCUGCUGGCGCUGGUGCUGCGGGUGUCGUGCCGGACGGACUGCAAGCGCUCCUCCUCCAAAAAACCUCCCCGCGAGCGGGACAGCGACAGCGACAGCAGCGACAGCGACGACGACUCGGACACCACGUCGGACCUGUCGGCCCGCAGGCACCGCAGGUUCGAGAGGACUUUGAACAUGAACGUGUUCACGUCGGCCGAGGAGCUGGAGCGGGCGCAGCGGCUGGAGGAGCGGGAGCGCAUCAUCCGCGAGAUCUGGAUGAACGGGCAGCCCGACAUCCCGGGCACCCGCAGCCUCAACCGCUACUACUGAGCCUGCAGCUGCUGCCCCGCUCCCGGGAGCCGCAGGGAUGGGCACAGCCCCGCAGGGAUGGGCACAGCCCCGCAGGGAUGGGAUCUCCCCUUCCCCAGGGCUGUGCGCACGGACAGCCAGGAGCACAUCCCCGUGUCGUGUCGCUCCCCCUGACAUGCUGGCAUCGCCCCUCUGCCCGGACACUGCUGGUUUGCAGCUUCGUUUCUGAGGAGCAGGCAGGGAGGAGACAAUUCUGCCAUGUGGGAUCUGGCAUCGGGCACACCGUGGCACACUCGGCCUUGCCUGGGCAGGGAUUGCUCUCCGUUUAGGAUUUUUUGGUUUCCCUUCCCUGAGGACUGUGAACAAAAUGAGGACUCUGGAAAGAAGAUUCGGGGAGGGAGGGGGAAUUGUCCUGACCGAUUGUCUUGUGACUUCAGAAGCCAUGAGAUUAACCUAAUUAAAACCCAACAGCAAAUAGGACUUGUUAAGAACUGGGGGAUGGGGGGGAGGGAGAUCCUUCCAUCGUGAAAUCAUCUCGGUGCUUGGAUGUUUGCCAUAGUGUAUUCAGUUAUUUAUGGCUGUCUUUUCAUCUUCCUUUUCAAUGGGAACAUUUAGGUUUUUUUUACUGACACCUCAGGGAUAAAAUCCUAUUAUUUUUUUGAGUCUGCCCUCUCUGCUGGCCCCUGUCAAACACAACCCAACCCAUCUCCAACAGUGACAUUCUGGUAAUAUAAGAGAUGUGUCAGUGACUAGUGAGAAGUUAACAACCUCAAAGAGGUUGAAAAAGGUUUUCUUUUUGUUUUGUUUUAAAUAUAUAUAUAUAUAUAUUUGAAGAUGCUGCACAGGAAUGUGCCUUAUUCUUUUUUUUGUUGUUGUUGUUGUUAAUCUACAGUUUUCCUAUGGAUAGCAAUGCACAAUGUUUUAUAUAUUUUAUUAAAAAAAUAAAAUUAAAAAAAGUCUGUGUUUACCAGAGAAAAACCAACACAGAAGAAGCCAUGUCUGACAACAAAAUGGGUAAUAAAUGCUAAAUAAACUCUGGUUUGCUUCAA